AUGUUUGCUUUUUCAUACGAUUCUUUUGCUCCGAAUGAUAAUGUUGUUAUUAAAACAGAAUCGGAAGAUAAUAUUACUCGCAUAACAGUAGUACCAUUUGUUUGUCAUUUAUGCAAAAGAGCGUUUACCCAAUAUAUUCAUUUAGAAGAUCAUUUAGAAACACAUGCAAACGAAAUUGCCUUGGAAAAUGUUAAAACUGAUUAUACUGCAACUGAACUAGAAAAUUCGGCUCCUAUAUUAGAAGAUGGAGUUUUUGAGUGUGAAGUUUGUUGCCAAGGUUUUGAAAAUGAAGCUUCGUUGAUUGAACAUUAUAUGAUUCAUGAUAUAGAUACACCUUAUCCUUGUGAUAUGUGUGAAAAAAGAUUUAAAACGAAGUAUCAUCUCAAACAACACUAUGUUCACCAUACUGGAAUUAAGCCAUUUGCAUGCAAAUUCUGUGGCAAAAGUUUCAAGAAGAAAGAUUAUCUACAACUUCAUUAUAUGUUGCAUACGGGAGACCAACCAUAUUCAUGUAACGUGUGCAACAAACGCUUCCUGACGCGAUUGAACCUGCAGCAACAUUUUACGUUGCAUACAGGCGAGAGGCCUUAUGUUUGCAACAUUUGUCAGAAAUCUUUUCGGAAGAAAAAUACCUUAAACCAACACCAACGUACACAUACAACUUUAAAACCACAUAUCUGUGAUAUAUGUAUUAAAGGAUUCAAAACAAAAGGUGAUCUCACACAGCAUUAUUUAGUACACAAUGGGGAAAAAAAUCAUAUUUGUGAUGCAUGCAAUAAAGGAUUCAAAACAAAAGCUGAACUGCAUAAACAUUCUAGAAUUCACUCAAAGGAGAAAGAACUUUUCAGUUGUGACACAUGUCACAAGCGAUUCACCACCAAGGCGUAUUUAAGACAGCAUCUUUUACUUCAUACUGGUGAAAAGCCAUAUAACUGUGAAUAUUGCCAGAAAUCUUUUCCUUUAAAAACACAUCUUCAGAAACAUUAUUUAACACAUGGAAAUGAACGUCCUUUCAAGUGUUUUGUGUGCCUUAAAGGAUUUAAAACACGAGGUACGUUACAACAACAUUAUUCCAUUCAUACAGGAAGAAAACCUUUUGUGUGCGAGUUUUGCAAAAGAAGUUUUACUCUGAAAAGUCAGUUGAAAAGACACAAACAGAUUCAUGUUCCCCAUCAACCCAAUAAAGUGCAGGAUUAUAUAAAACCAAAGCCAGAGACACAGAAUAAUGAAACAUCUGGAAAUUCAGCUGGAGAAUGGGUUGGAUUUACUGUUGAGGUUGCUUCUGCUUGA